AUGGAAGGCAGGCCUGUGCACCUUCAAAAGGUGUUUGCAGAUGAUGUCAUGCCCAGGGUAUCACUACUGGUCACCAAGGGUGUCCUCUGUCUAGGGAGCCCAAGUGACGUACCGAGUGUGGAAGGUGGAAAGAAAUGGCUGAACUUGGAGACGCUCAGCUUAGAGGAACUCAACAAACUACUGGCGGAUGUCACCUACACCCUCCCUGUGUACCACAUACACACAGGAGACCUGGUUCACUUUUCGUUUGAGCAUCAUGAAGCUGUGUUCCCAAUCGCUAUUCGGCAACCAUCCGUACCUGUGCUUUUCGACAUGGGAACAAACGUUAGCGACCAAGUGACAGUCACCACCAAGACCUUUAUGCGCUACAAGGAGUUGAAGGUGCUCAUAAGAAGCCUAAGACAAUUCUACAAAAACGUGGUGCUUGUUGUGGCCGAUGACAGCUUUACUCCAGAAAAGAUCACAGAAGAAAAUGUUCUGCAAUAUGUCAUGCCUGGGGGACAGGGCUGGUUUGCUGGCAGGACCCUGGCUGUCUCUCAAGUCACCACCAAGUACUUUCUUUGGGUGGAUGACGACUUUCUAUUCACUGAGAAAACAAAGAUAGAGGAUCUGGUGGAGGUGAUGGAGGCAACACCAGAGUUGGAUGUGGUUGGGGGUUCAGUUACUGGAAACCAGUUCUACUUCUCCAUCGCCUAUGAGGAAGGCGAUGGAGUCACUGGAGGCUGUAUGGACAGGAAGCCUAACAUAAAGUUCCAAUCACUACCAAAUUACCCACAAUGCUCCAUAGUCAAUGGGGUGGUCAACUUCUUCCUGGCUCGUACCGAUGCUGUAAAUCGAGUGAGAUUUGACCCCAAGCUGAAGAGAGUGGCACAUUCAGAAUUCUUCAUGGAUGGUCUGGGCCAAUUGAUGGUUGCUUCGUGUGGCCAUGUUUCCAUUGGCCAUCAGCCGAGUGGGGCCAAUGCUCAAUAUGGUCGGUUCAGACACCCCGGGAAGGAUGAUAUGCAGUUUAAACUACAGCUGCACUACUACAAAAACCAUCUACAAUGUAUCCACUACGGAUAGGAAGAAUCCCGACAGAUCCAUUCGCUAUAAGAGGAGGUCAUCUUCCAGUACUAUGUACGGCUAAAUCCUUUUCAGGGUUAGGUUUA